AUGGCGAGCCCACAGGGGAGCAGCUCCCUCCCGCCGUCCCGGCCGCACACCCACCGGCAGUUUGGGAGGCGGAUAUUGGCACAGAUGAGGGAGGCGGGCGAUGGCUGUGAUGACGCCCUCCAGGCGAGGACCUCCGAGAUGCGAGAAACCCUCUUCGUUCCUCUGAAAGUUAUGCCCACCAGUGGCGGCGGCGCAGCGCGUCCUCUCGACCUCGGCCUCUCCCCGACCAAAUUGGCGGCGCUGGCCUACCUCUUCUUCCUCCUGCUCGGUGGGAGCUCUUUAUUUGCCUCGUCUGCCGCCACGGACACCAUCCUCCCCGGCGAGGGCAUCUCCGGGAACCAGACCCUCGUCUCCAAGAAUGGCGGCUUCGAGCUGGGCUUCUUCUCCCCGGGCGAAGGCAUCCACUACUACCUAGGCGUCCGCCUGAGGAACAUGUUCGGCAACAGCCCCACCUUCUGGCUCGGGGACAGGGUCGGGGUCGUCGUCACCGAUGUGCCGGCCACGUCGCUGGAGAUGUUCGGCGGCAGCCUGUACAUCAAGCAGAGCGGAGCCAGCCUCUGGUGGUCGCCCGCCGGCAAUGGGUCUUCCGCCGCCGUCGCGGUCCUCCUCGACAACGGCAACCUGGUGGUCAGGGACCAGGGCAACUCCUCCAUGGUGCUGUGGCAGAGCUUCGAUUGCCCCGGGGACGCGAUGCUCCCCGGAGCGAGGCUCGGGCUCGACAGGGACACCGGGAAGAACGUCUCGCUGACAUUCAAAGGUUUCUCACACAACGGCACCCUCAGCGUCGACGCGAGACGGAGGAACGGGUCUCUCCCACUGAGCUGCGAGUCCGACGGCCAGACGGAGCACGACGACUCCUUCGCCCCGUUGGACAAGCUGCAAGGGCUACCUUACAACGCCCAGGACGAGGUGGCCCGAAGCGACGAAGACUGCAGAACAGCUUGCCGGAGCAAAUGCUACUGCGUUGCUUACUCCUACGACCAUGGGUGCAGGCUCUGGUACUACAACCUGUACAAUUUGAGCUUGGCUGCUAGGCCCCCAUACAGCAAGAUCUACCUACGUUUGGGCUCCAAGCUCAGGAACAAGAAGGGCUUACAAACAAGAAGAAUCGCACUAUUGGUUGCUGGACUCAUAGGCAUUGCUUCUUUGGUACUGAUACUGCUGCUGCUAUGGAGAUUCAGGAGGAAUUCAUUUGCCUCCAAGAAGUUUGAGGUAGAAGGCCCUCUUGUGGUCUACUCUUAUGCACAGAUCAAAAAUGCCACGGGGAAUUUCUCCGAUAAGAUCGGCGAGGGGGGAUUCGGAAGUGUUUUCCGGGGAACAAUGCCAGGAUCAGCUGUCAUCGCUGUGAAGAACCUCAAAGUCCUCGGGCAAGCAGAGAAGCAAUUCAGAACAGAAGUUCAGACACUUGGAGUGAUCCAACACAGUAAUCUUGUCCGUCUCUUGGGAUUUUGCGUCAAAGCAAACAAAAGGCUGCUGGUCUAUGAGUACAUGCCAAAUGGCUCUUUGGAAGUUCAUCUGUUUAAAAAGAAGUCUAGUCUGUUGACUUGGAAUGCUCGGUAUCAAAUUGCGCUGGGCAUUGCCAAGGGUCUCGCCUAUCUUCACGAAGAAUGUGAGGACUGCAUCAUACAUUGCGAUAUCAAACCCGAAAACAUACUGCUUGAUGCGGAACUCUGUCCCAAGAUUGCCGAUUUCGGCAUGGCCAAGCUCCUUGGACGAGAAUUUAACUCGGCACUGACCACUGUCCGAGGAACCAUGGGCUAUCUUGCACCAGAGUGGAUAUCCGGGCUGCCGAUCACUAAGAAGGCGGAUGUGUACAGCUUCGGCAUUGUGCUCUUUGAGAUAAUCUCGGGGAGAAGGAGCACUGAGAGGAUGAAAUUUGGGAACCAUCGGUAUUUUCCACUCUACGCGGCUGCUCAGGUGAACGAAGGGGAGGUUCUUUGCCUGCUGGAUGGUAGGCUGGAAGGAGAGGCUAAUCUGAAGGAGCUGGAUGUCACCUGUAGGGUCGCCUGCUGGUGCAUCCAGGACGAGGAGAACGAUAGGCCAUCGAUGGGGCAAGUUGUUCGCAUGUUGGAAGGUGUCAUCAGCACUGAGAUGCCUCCAAUUCCAGCUUCAAUUCAGAACCUAAUAGAGGGUGAUGACAGUGCUAUAUAUUCUGAUUUCUGAAGGAGGUUGACUCCGAUUC